AUAGCGGGUGUGGUGAAAUGUAGUCUAGUCCACUGAAACCAUAUGUACUUCAGAAUAGAGCCGUUUCCGCGUUGAUGUGGCUCGCUUCGCGCUGGGAGAAAACUAGCACGGGUUCGUGGGUGGCGAAGACGCCGGGAUCUCUCUUAGAUUGUACGAGAGGCUACUCUAUACGACCGGAGCAUUGGCUGGAGAAACAGGUUCGCAUCGCAGGUGACAUCGACCGACCAUGGCGGCGAUGAUGCAGCGAUCGCUCUCAGCUGCGACGUCAGAAGACGACGAGUUCGACGAGGAGCUCGAUGGGUUCGACGACUUCACGCUGGCGUCGCCAUGGGAGCGGUUCAUUGCUGCGGUGGAGGGCAGUCUGCGCCAGUGGCUGUCGGAAGGCUCUGCUGCGCUCGUGCAGACGGGAGCAGCGCGGCCGGUAGAAGGCAUGCCGCUGAUGGUGUACGUGGAGGCGGAGCACGCUCAGGGGCAUAAGAACUACCGCCUCACCUACUACUUCCAGGUGUCUCUGGCGAACAGCAACAGCGUGCACCCGUCAGUGGCUGCGGAGACAGCGGCGGCGCUGAAGCGCAUAGCGUCCAUCUCAGCCACGGGCCGGCCCAGCCCGUGGGAGAAGGCUGUGCACCCGCUACAGCUCUGGUUCGGCAUUCAAGAGUUCGUGGUGCUGGCCCCAGUGACAGCGUCUGGCGUUGUGCUGGACUCACCUGAAGCCUCCAUGCUGCUCAGCACCCUCGCCAUCGCCUCGUGUAACACCGAGUGCUCCCUGCCCUCCUUCGUCCCGGUGCACGACCCCUCCCGCAAGGCCUUCAUAGGCUUCCAGCACGGCCCCCGGGCCACCCGCACCAGCUCCAACGCAGGCUCGGGUCGAGGUGUGCGGUCAGGUCCGGGCGCGGGCGGAGGCACGGUGGGAGGGGUGGGGGCGGGGGGCGUGGGCGACUAUCUGUUUCACUACGAGGCGGACCGCAUCACAAGCAACGUGCCACAGAACCUGCUGUCCCUGGAUGGGCUCUACUACCUCUUCGCCUUCAAGCUGAUUGCGGAGCUCCCCAGCAGCGUGGCGUCUGUCUCCCCCGACGUCACUGUCGCCAUGCGCAUCCGCUACCGCCUGCGCUACUGGGGCGCCCCCGACGCUCCUCCCCCUUCUAGCCGCGCAGGAGCAGGCGGGAAGGACGAGGAGGGUGCGGGAGGGGGAGGAGCGGGAAGCGGAGGAGGGGCGGACGAGGAGGAUGAGUACUGGGGGCAGGAGCGGGCGUGGGACGAGGGCAUGGCGUGGAGUGUGUGGCAUGCAGUGGACGACCCUGUGAAGGGCUUCGAGCUGGUGGCCACCUGGAAGGAGCUGAGGGCCAGCAGCUCGUCGGGCAUGGCGCAGAUGGAGCAGCUCGACGCCACGACUGCUGAUGAGUGGCUGCUACGCGCGCUCCUCGCUCCCACCAGGACGGACUUUGACAGUGACGACCCCCCUCAGGGAUUUGCUGGGCGGCUGCAUGCUCUCCUGGGGGCGUACGUGGUGUCCACCACAGGGCAGUACAUGGAAGACUUUAUAGCGGCUCAGAACUUUGCGCGGCGCAACAACAUGACCAUCCCCCCUCCCAGUGUGAUGGAGCGUGUGGUGAAGGACCUCUUCCACUCCAAGGAGGCGCUAGCAUCAGUGGCCAAGUACAUGGGCAAGGUGCCGGAGCAGCAGGAGGUCAGCCUCGCAUCCGACACUGACCCGGCCCCCACCAUCACCACAGCCAGCAGCAUCAUCAGCAGCAUCAGCGGGACGGACACCAGCGCCACCGGUAGCGGGGUGAAGGGUCCAGGAGCAGAGGGGGCAGCAGCGGGAGCAGGAGGGGAGGGAGGAGGAGCAGGAGGUGGGGGAGCAGGGGUGGAGGACAAUGGGCUGAGUGGCAAGUUCAAGGGGGCGACUCACAUCGGCAAGGCGGCUCCUGUGGAUUCUUUGUUCUCACGGCUCGCCCUGCAUGUGCUGCGCUUCGGCACAUGCAACAUCCGAUCUGUGGCGGCGCUGUGGCUGGAGUUUACCAGGGAGCUGCGGUGGAGCUGGGAGCAGGCUCUGCCCAUUCCUCGGGUCAUAGCCGACGGGCCUCCCCACACCGCCACCUGCCUCAUUCACCAGAAGCUGCAGCUGCUGCAGGAGUGCAUUCGGCGGCGGCGCAAGCAGCAGGAGCGGGAGAUGGAGGAGCGCAUGCGCCACGCCGAGAGAAUGCACCAGAUCGCCGCCGCCAAGCUUGUAGGCGAGCGCGUGGAGGAGCUUGUAAGGGGUACAGCGCUGGACGACGGCCUGGCACGGGGUGACUCGCCGUCCGGGAGAGGCAGCGGGAGGAGGGGGGGUGGAAGGGAGAGGGAGAUGAGGAGGGGGAGGGGAGGGAUGGGGAGUGACAGGGAGAGGAGGAGGGGCGGGAGGGAGGAGGAUGAUUGGGAUGGCGUGGAGAGGUCCGGUAGUGAGGCAGACGGCUGGCACGAUGGCGAGGGUGGAAGGCAGGGUCGCAGGGUGGGAGGGAGAGGGUGGGACGAUGGGGACGGGGCGAGCCCCUACCGCGAUGACUACACGGCGUCAGGGGACUCCGACACCCAUGGCUCGCACGACGUGGCGUUCUAUGACGAGGGCGGGGUGGUGGACUCACCGUCGCGCAGGAGCGAGGAGGAUCUUGAUGAGUACUUCAGCGAGAGCGACGUAUCGGACGAUGACACGUGGGCGGAACGGGGCCGCACGAGCCACGGCAGCAGCGGGCCGAUGGCCCGGGGGCGGCGCCGCGUGCGCCGGCGCGGGGUGGUGGGACCGGUGAAGGGCGACAUGUGGCUGCUGCGCGUGCGGCGGCACAUGCUGGAGCCGCACACCCAGGACCCGGUGUUCAUGAGUGAGGAUAUGAUCGAGGAGAAGGAAAGAGCUAUGGAGGCUCUUGGCAGUACCCCUGCGGGACGUGAGACUCGAGCUCGCAUGCAGAGUGACGUUGUUGCUUCAGACAUGGCGGCAUUCAAAGCAGCCAACCCUGGAGCAGUGCUGGAGGACUUUGUGCGCUGGCACUCGCCCAACGACUGGCUUGAGAUCGCAGCCACUGAUGAUGACUAUGAUGACGUGGACGAUUACGAUGACGCGGACGACAGGGGAAGGCGGUUCCGUAGGGACGACAGUGAGACGUACGGGAGGGAUGAUGAUGAUGAUGGGCGGUACAGGAGGGGCGGGAGGGGCGGUGAUGAUUCUGGGAGGUAUGGGCGGGGGGAUAGGUACGGAAGGGAGGAGGAUGGUAGGUAUGGUAGGGAGGAUGAGGACAGGUAUGGGAGUGGUCGGGAUGACAGGUAUGGGGAUGAGAGCGGGAGGUACGGUGAGAAUGAUUACUCGGACAGGGAGUCUGAUAGGGAGAGAGAGAGGGGGAGGGAGAGGGAGAGGGAGAGGGAGAGGGAGCGGGAGAGGGAGACUGAGGAGAGUGAUGGUGACAGGGAUGUGGGUAGGAAGGAUGGUGGCAGGGAUAUGGGAAGGGACAGGGGCAGGGAGAGGGAGAGGGAGGGAGAGGAGGGCAGGGAGUACGGGGAUGGUGACAAGUCCAAGAGGGAGGACGAAACUGAUUUCGAUAAGGAUGGUCCAGGAGAGGCAGAUCAGAAGAAACAGGAGGAUAAGGAGAAGCGGGAAGCAGAUGGUGACGGGGAGACAGAAGGGGAGAAAGGUGAGAUGGCGAGCAAGAACCAGAAGCAGGAAGGCGGCUCCCCCUCUCCUCACCGCAGCAGCAGCAGCCCCGGGAAGGGUAAGGAUGAGGAAGAGGAGGAGUUUUUCGAGGCGGCUCAAGAGGAGAAGCCGGGGGAGGCGGGUGCUGGUGAAGGUGGCGAGAAGGAGGGUGGUGGCGUUGACGAAGGGGCGGAUAGGGAGGAGAAGUUGAAAGAGGGAGGGGAGGAUGUCGGGGGUGGUGGGGAGGAGGAAGUGGAGGAGCAAGCUGUGAGUGAGAGUGAAGGGGGUGGUCUGAAGGGGAAGCCGAGGGUGGAAGACGAGAGUGAGAAGGCAGUGGAGAAAGAGGACAGGGAGGGGAGGGAGAACAGUGAUAGGGAGAGGGAGGGAGGAGACAGCGACAGGGAAAGAGACAGGGGAAGGGAGAGGGAAGAGGGUAGAGAGAGGGCGCGGGCGGGCAGUAGGGAUAGGGGGCGAGACGGAGAUCGAGUGAGGGAGAGAGAGAGGGAGAGUAGCAGGGGCAGGAGCCCGGACCCGGACAGUGACAGGGAGAGGGAGCGGGCGAGGGAGAGGGGGCGAGAGAGGGGGCGAGAGGAGCGGGAGUACAGCGACGAUCGCGAGGAGUGGGACGAGUUGGCCGAGCAGCGCAGAGGCAGGGACAGGCGGGGCGACCGUGAUCGUGAAGAUGAUGAUGACUAUGAGGAGGACGAGUGGAGGGGCGGCAGGGGGGGGAGGGACGGGCGGAGGGAGGGAGACAGGUAUGAUGAUAGGAGGGAUGGCGACCGCGGCGGGCGCAGAGGGGGGAGAGGGAGAGGGGGCGGCAGUGGGAGAGGUGCGGGUGGUGGUGGUGGCGGCAGGCGGCGGCGGGUCAGGGAUGACGGGUCGGGGUGGCCGCCGAGGGGGCGGCUGUCGGAGCGCAUGGAGGAGAUGCACGGCAACCUGUGGCGCGAGCUUUGGGACAGCGCCGAGCCGGAGCCCGCCCACGAGCAGAGGCCCAUCUUCCACUUCGACCUGGAAGGGGAGAAGAUCCUGCACUAUCUCGACACGGUAGUACCUGAGGAGCUGCUGGGGCAGCUGCUGGCCACGGCCUUCUCGUCCGCCGUGCUGCUGCUGGGGCGGGCGGAGGCGGCGCGGGAGGAGCCGGUGGCUGAGCAGAGGCAGCGCGUGGCGGGCAUGGUGGCCUCCAUGUGGCAGUGGCUGGAUGACCAGAGUGCGGGCAGCUGCUCGGACGAGCGUGUGGAGGACCUGGAGGUGCUGCUGAGAGCCUUUACCCGCAUGGAGGCCACUGUCAUGGUGGCGGCCUCGCUGUGGAAGAGGCUUCAGGGCUGCUCGCGCCUUGUGGUCAAGCUGCUCACUGAGAGGGCGCUCAACGCCACGGAUGUGCCGUCCGUGCGCCUCCUGCCCGCCCCCAUUCGGCUGCCGCACCUACCGGAGCCGGACAGCCGGACGGACGAAUGGCGGGUCGUGGGCAAGCUAUGGCAGGAGAAGGAACCCUCUGGCAGCAGCAGCAAUGACAGCUCUGGCGCCAGCAGUACCACCCCUGGCAGCAGCAGCGGCAGCAGCAGUUCUGGUGCCCCCCCGCUCCCUCCUGCUGCCAGCAAGUCUGCUGCUGGUGGUGGGGGGCGGCGCAUGGGGAACCUUCUCUACAGGCAUGAGCCGACGGAGCGCGAGGUGAUUUUCACGUCGCCGGCGUUUGUGAUAUUUAACACGGUGGAUGAGGAGGAUGUGGCGACGGGCACCGUGGCGUCGAGGGACUCGGUGGAGAUUGUGAAGCACCAGCUGUAUGCCAAGGCCAGCUUGGAUGAUCUCACUCUUGCGCUCAAGGUUGCUGCACAGGAGUAGAAAAUGGAAAGUUGAGCCCGUUAGGGUCUUUUGCUGGAGGACGUGUAGGGUAAAUGGACGUAUGAGCAUUGCGGCAGACAGACACUGUGGCCAAGCUCUCAGGAGAUUGCUUUUGAAGUGAAGUCUCACGAAUUCUAGUAGAAGCGGUGGAUGGUCAGUAGUUCGAAGGACCUCUCACCUCUAUGUUUUUUUGUGGUGCUUGUUUAAACACCACGGGAAAUAUUUUCGUUCUGGGUUUGCUGUG